GAGCCGGUUUCCCUCCAUCCCCAAUUUAUAAUCUAGGGUUUUAAAUUUUAGUUUCAACACAUCUGGUCGCUAAACGUUUUCUCCGGCUUGUUCACCAAAGACCACACUUUUCUACCUGUGACCUAAAAUGUACGCAAAACAUCCAUCUACUUCUGCGUAAUUGCAGAACCAAUAAUCUGACCUGCGCAAAUGGCGUUUUCGUUCACUCCUCAGCCGCAGCAGCAAACGUCACUAUUUCAAACUCCGCCCAGUCAACCGCAACCGUCACCGUUUACGCAGGUCAAUCCCUUCUCGCAAACUCCACAGCCGCAAUUCAACUUUCAACCACAACAGCAGCAGCAGCAACUGCAGCAGUUGUUCUUAUUCACCAACAGUAAGACGCCUGCCACUUAUGGUACCAAAUGGGCUGACCUUCAUCCAGACUCUCAAAAAGUCCUCCUUAAAAUCGAAGAGAAAAUAUUGGAAUACAGAGAUGAAAGUCAACGCCUUGAUCAGUGCAGCCGGCUCUAUGAUUCUUCUGUUUCAAAUGAUGGGUUUGAGCUAGAUGCUAGUCACAGUAUUCAGGAACUUGGUGGAAUCAGUACUUCAAUGGAACGACAAAAAACUAUAUUGCAAGAGCUAAUGAUUGUUGUUAAAGAUAUGCUACGCAAUACAGAGGUAGCUGUUCGUUCUUUCAUGAUGUUACGCCCAAGGUUUCUCCAUCAGAGUGCACCUGCCACAAGUUCAGCAACUGGAUCACAGGCAUCUGGGGCAAUAGUAGCCGCACCCUCAAGUUCUCAAGCAACAACUAUACCCAGUUUUCCUGUUUUUGAUUUUUACAGUGGGAUUCCAAAGAAGCCAUCUCCAUUCCUGCAGCAAACAGUAGCUAGAUUUGAGAGACAUCUUGCUGAAUGUCGACAGUGGGUUGAAGAACUGGAGCAGUUGAUCAUGUUAGAUUCUUCUAAUAGAAAUUCUUUCAAUUCCAAUGCAUCACUCUUGCAGUCACUUCCACAAGUCAUGUCAAAUGUGCAUGACUUUUUUGUUCAUGUUGCAGCAAAGGUAGAAAGCAUCCAUCAAUACAUUGAAUCUAUGAAAAUGGCAUACCUUAUUGAUCAACGACGGCGAGGAGAUGCUGGUGAUCCUUUUCUUGAAGCUGACCGACGGGAAACCGCCAAGCAAGAGGCUGCUGCUAGAAGGGUUCAUCCAACAUUACAUUUGCCUGCACCGCCAAAACCACCAACUCAUGUUACUGGGUUGCAGUCCAGCUCAGCCAUGCCCGGAUCAUCUAGUGCACCACAAACAUCUGCUGUCAUUUCAAAUAAUUCGGCUGCAAGUGGGUCCUCACUUUUUAGUACCCCUGCAAUUGCCACCUCAUCAUCUUCUCUUUUUUCUACACCAACCACUUCUACUCCGACAGCCUCAUUGUUUGGGUCUGGUACUUCCCCACAGACAUCACUAUUUGGCCCUUCGUCCACCUCUACACCAGCAUUCUCUAAUCCUUUGUUUGGCUCAACCCCAUCUCCUGCAGUUACAAAUUUUUCAAACCCUUUUGCAUCAGGAGCUGCAGUAGGAUCAGGGUCAAGCUUUGGAACUUUAUCUAAAGCAAGAGCUAAAAGUCGCACAGGAAGACGCUAAAUUAUAUCAGUGUGGAUGAGAAGUCCAUCCUACAUUCGCUUCCAAUGUGAGCUGUUGCUAGUGAAUCUAUAUACUUCUGUCCAAGACUUGGUGAUCAUCUUCACUCUUCAUUCCUUGGAUGUGCUGAACUUCUUGCAGGGGAUCUAACGUGCAGCCACAGAACCAUUUCCCAACUUCGUUUGUAUUCCUUUGGGCUUCACUACUCAGAGUCAUAGGUGCAUGUUUUGUUUUAUAAGAUGCCAAUGUAAUAUUGUAAAAUUCAUUAGCUUCUGUUCAUUUUAGAUGACCAUUUGUAUUGGCGUAUUUUAUACAGCAUCAUUUUUUCAAUUUAGAGGUAUUG